AAAAUAAAAAUAAUAAUGAAAUCACCUCUUUCUAGCUCUUCUUCUUCAAUUCUCAUAAGAAAAGCUCGUUUCUCUCCAUAUCUUUGUACUCUAUUAGCUUUCAUUGCCUUUGUUGCUAUUCUAUAUGGAGAAGACUUCAUGUGCCUUCUUAGCCAACUCGAACCCGAAUCCGAUCAAUUCUUGACAAGAACCGAGAAGAAAUGGGAGAAGCUACCUUUUGCUAUAGGGAAGACACCAGAAGGGUGUGACUUGUUUAGUGGAAGAUGGGUUAGAGAUGAAGAGUCGACUCGGCCGCUUUAUGAAGAAUCGGAAUGUCCUUAUAUUCAGCCACAGUUGACUUGUCAAGAACAUGGUAGACCUGAUAAGGAUUAUCAAUCUUGGAGAUGGCAACCCCAUGGCUGUGAUCUUCCAAGUUUCAAUGCGACAUUAAUGCUUGAGACUCUACGAGGAAAAAGAAUGAUGUUUGUUGGAGAUUCUUUGAACCGUGGCCAAUAUGUUUCAAUGGUCUGUCUCCUUCAUAGACUCAUCCCUGAAGAUGCAAAAUCCAUGGAAACUUUCGAUUCACUAACAAUCUUCACUGCUAAGGAGUACAAUGCGACAAUUGAGUUCUAUUGGGCACCAUUUCUUCUUGAAUCAAAUUCAGACAAUGCAGUUGUUCAUAGAAUAUCUGAUAGGAUUGUAAGAAAAGGAUCAAUCAACAAACAUGGCAAGAAUUGGAAAGGAGUUGAUAUUUUAGUUUUCAAUACCUAUUUAUGGUGGAUGACUGGUCUCAAGAUGAAGAUCUUACGAGGAUCCUUCGAUGAUGAAGCUAAAGAUAUUGUAGAGAUACCAACUGAGGAUGCUUAUAGAAUGGCAAUGAAAAGCAUGAUGAGAUGGGUGAGAAAGAAUAUGAACCCUAGAAAAACCAGGGUUUUCUUUACCAGCAUGUCACCUUCUCAUGGAAAGAGUAUAGAUUGGGGAGGGGAACCAGGUCUCAAUUGUUACAAUGAAACAACAUUAAUAACCAAUUCAAGCUAUUGGGGUUCAGAUUGCCGGAAAAGUAUAAUGGAAGUGAUCGGAGAAGUGUUCGGAAAAUCAAAAUUUCCAAUUACAUUUCUAAACAUAACUCAACUCUCAAGUUAUAGAAAAGAUGCACACACAUCAAUUUACAAGAAGCAAUGGAGUCCAUUAACUCCUGAGCAAUUAGCUAAUCCUGUUAGCUACGCAGAUUGUGUGCAUUGGUGUUUGCCUGGUUUACAAGAUACUUGGAAUGAGCUUUUAUUUGCCAAAUUGUUUUAUCCUUAGUAAAUAAUAAUAUAUUUCUCAAAAUUCAUAAGUGGUGAAUCACA